GUGUGGUGGAAACCAUAGAAACAAACAGGAAGUUUACUGCCAGAGUACCUGGGACUCUUUUCAAGCGACAGUAGAAGAUUAUUAACAUCAUGUACACACAUUAUAGGACGGAAAUCAACUCCAGUAUGAACAUGUGAAGAUAUCUAUUCAUCGUUUCUUAAUUUGUUUGGUGGCGUCACUUCCCAUUGCCGGAGCGUCUUAUUCGAAGCUAACUUAGCUAAUGCUCGUCUUCUGUUGAGUGGAGAUGUUCAAAGCAAAAAUACUCUUCAUUGGUCCCAAUGAGAGUGGGAAAACAAUUCUUGCAAAUUUCCUCGCAGAGACAUCAGAAUAUACAGGAGGUGAAUACAGUCCUACCCAAGGAGUGAGGAUACUGGAAUUUGAAUCUCCGUCUGAAGGUAGUGGAGACAACGGGCAAUGCGAGGUUGAACUCUGGGACUGUUCAGGAGACUUCAAACUUGAAUCCUGCUGGCCAGCACUGAUGAAGGACUCCAGCGGUGUUGUGAUCGUUUUUAAUCCAGAUGUUCCAAGUCACCUCAAGGAAAUAGAGACGUGGCAUUCAAUGUUUAUCUCCUCUCAAAGUCUGCAGGACAACCAGUGUCUUCUUAUUGCUCACCACAAACCUGGCAGCGAAGUAGAAGACGGACGGCUGCCUUUAGCCUCACAUUUGAGCAGACUGCCGCUUAUUCACUCCAACCUGGAGGACGAACCUGAGGAUGUGAAGCUAGCUUUCCAAAGAUACUUGGGAAAUGUUGUCAAUGCGAUGUCAGAAAGUCGAGAGCGAGAAGAGAUGUCUAUAAUUACAUAGCAGCAGAGUGGUAUUCACGAGUAAGUUCUACUUCUUAGUACUUUAUCGUUGGUGUCACUCAGCUUUGUAUGACAACUUCCAAACUUUUCUCAUAGUUCCCUGAAGUACUUUUGAUUUGUUUUGUUUUCUGAAAGUCUUUGUAUCUAAAUAAAAUAUGAACUCACAGUGGAAAAGAAUA